CUGGUUCGGACUCGCCGCCGACACGACCCAUGCUCUUGUCCCUGGCAAUCGUUGUCGCGUCCCUAGCCGAAGCGGCGGCGCACACCAGCCUCGAGUUCUCGGUGCCGCGUGGCGCUUGGUGGCAGGGCAGCGUUCGCGCUACCAUCGUGCGGCCAGAGCGAAAGGCGACCGGCAUCGCCGUCGUGGCGCACUGCACGCUCUGCUGGGGCGAUUGGUACCCACACCUCGAGAGGCUCGCAGACACCCACGACCUGAUGAUGGUAUUCUUGCACAGCGACGUCAUCGACUCUCCACGCCACUUCUUCGACUUCUCGAACGGCGCCCCGCACACGUGGUUCUCCGGCUACGGGGAGGACAUGACCAAGGUCCUGCACACCGUGCGCGACUCGGCGAACGAGUUCGGGUCGGAGCUUUACGGCACCCUCUUGCCGGCUGCCCCGGCCGUGGCCGUCGGCCAUUCCCUCGGCGGCGCGGGCUCGCUCAUCGCCACGUCGAGAGACGAGGACUUUGAGGGCGCGUUCGUCAUGUCUCCCUGCGUGGUGCACAGCGAGACGCUCGCGUCCAUCUCCAAGCCAAUCAUGGUGCUCUCGGCGACCGAGGACGGCAUCUGCCCCCCCGCCCGAACGGCGCGCCCGUAUUACGCAGCGCUUUCGCGUGCGCCGGAGCUCUACUACGCCGAGAUCGUGGGCGGCACCCACUGCGCCUUUAUGGACGUGUCAGGGACCAACUGGGAGGCAGGUGCGCGGCUCGGUGCCGUGACGGUCUGGCCGGAGGCGGGAAGCUUCGCUGAGCCCUCUUCCCGGAUCCCUACAGGUGCGCAGCUCGGCGUCGCAGAGGCGGCCGGAGGCGCCUGUCGGCUGGCGGAGCGAGGCGUGGGCCUUCUGCUGGGCGCGCCGCCGCCGGCGGAGACGCUCGAGAAUGACGCGCAGCGCGCGACAACAGCACGACUCGCGGGCCUCUUCUUCGAUGCCCUGCUGGGCACCGCCGCCGAGCGUAGCGGCGCCGGCGCGGGCGGCGGGCUCGGCCCCUGCCCGACCGAGAAGCCCCUGUCCGCGAGUGCGCCGUGCCCGCCAGCCGGCUCCGGACGCGGCGCUCUGCUGGCUGCGCUCGCGGCGGACGAGGCUGCCGGCUUGCUGAGCAACGUGCAGUCCGCGCUCGGAGCCCGCGAGGAGUCACCGGCGCCCGAGGGCGCGCACCUGGCGAGCCAGAACUACCUCGCCCUUCUCCAGGAGUGCCUCUGCGUCUAGCGGAGGCCGGCUGAUAGCUCCUCGAUGCACCCCAUAUGAAGGCCAUUGUUUGUGACAUGAGGAGCGAUCGGCGUAUGACGAUCCCGUCGGGUUGGCGGUUGCAUGAACCCCUUUGCGCGAGUGCGGACGAUAUCAAAAAAAUGACGGGAGCAGCAC